AUGUGUGUGCACUACUCGACUUUGGGGAAAAAGGUCGACCACAAGCUCUUGAAAGAGGACGGACCUGCCAACAAUCUCCUGCUCAUCUACUUGGUUUACCACAAGAAUCGCGGGACGGCAUUGCUGUUGCGUGAGAACCUGAAAGCAUUCUCCACAGAGUACCUGGAGGGGCUCGCGAAGGAAGCUGGUUAUCAACAUCUUGCUUCCAUCAUCGUGGAGGCCAGUGAUGCGGGUUUAAGUGUGAAUCCACGAUGUCGGAGGUAUGACGUCUUCAUUUUGCCGGAGAUGUGGAACGUCCAUGGGAAUCCUGCAGACGCCUACAAUUCCAUGAAGCAGCACAUCAAGGAUCAGAUUGAGCCGGUGCACCUGUCCGAUGUAAUAUGGGUGACCCAGGAACAUGAUCUACGAAUGGAAAUGCAGGAUUCCUACAACAGGAAUUGUGAGCUGCCUCUGGACAAAGUCGCUUCAAUCUCCCUGCAAGACUGGACUGCCCUGCUGAGCCAGGAGGAGCGUGAGAACUAUAGUGGUUAUCUCAAGAGACUUGACAUGGCAGACAAGGAGGUGCAGGAUCGGGAGCUGUGCGUUGUGGCAGUACAACAGGACCCCGUCGCCUUCCCCAUGCAGUCCAGAGGUGGCACUUUGCCUGCAUUCACCACAGACAGCACCAAGAGAUUGAUGGUAACCAACAGGGACAGAUGGAUGCUGGCCAAGGAGAAGUUGGCUUGCUUUGGAUUUCCAGUUUGCAAGGAGUUUGCAGAUGUAGCAAAAACGCCUGUAUUGGACAUAGGUCCAAAUGAGGGUUGGCACCGCUGUGUUGGGAACAGCAUGGUAAUCCCCAAUGCGGGCAUGGUCAUCUCUUGUGUGUUGAGCUGCAUAUCGCCGACUGCCAAGCUGAUGGGGCUGAUUUGUAGCUAUCGCGGUGCCCAUGAGCUCCAGGGAUUGCCUCCAGUGAUCAAGUACCAUUCUGGAUGGAAAUGCUGGAGGGUGGAGGUGGGAGGAACCCUUCACCGCAUGAAAGACAAAGAAGUGCCUCUCCAAUAG